GUGUUGGAUGUGUAUUUGCUCAUGUGAAGACACAGUGUUGGAUGUGUAUUUGCUCUUGUGAAGACACAGUGUUAGAUGUUUAUUUGCUCAUGUGAGGACACAGUGUUAGAUGUUUAUUUGCUCAUAUGAGGACACACUGUUAGAUGAUUAUUUGCUCUUGUAAAGACACUGUGUUAGAUGUUUAUUUGCUCAUGUGAGGACACAGUGUUAGAUGUUUAUUUGCUCUUGUGAAGACACAGUGUUAGAUGUUUAUUUGCUCUUGUGAAGACACAGUGUUAGAUGUUUAUUUACUCAUGUGAAGACACAGUAUUAGAUGUUUAUUUGCUCAUGUGAGGACACAGUGUUAGAUGUUUAUUUGCUCAUGAGAAGACACAGUGUUAGAUGUGUAUUUGCUCAUGUGAAGACACAGUGUUAGAUGUUUAUUUGCUUAUGUGAAGACACAGUGUUAGAUGUUUAUUUGCUCAUGUGAGGACACAGUGUUAGAUGUGUAUUUGCUUAUGUGAAGACACAGUGUUAGAUGUUUAUUUGUUUAUGUGAAGACACAGUGUUAGAUGUUAAUUUGCUCUUGUGAAGACACAGUAUUAGAUGUUUAUUUGCUCAUGUGAGGACACAGUGUUAGAUGUUUAUUUGCUCAUGUGAGGACACAGUGUUAGAUGUUUAUUUGCUCUUGUGAAGACACAGUGUUAGAUGUUUUUUGCUCAUGUGAGGACACAGUGUUAGAUGUGUGUUUGCUCAUGUGAUUACACAGUGUUAGAUGUUUAUUUGCUCAUGUGAAGACACAGUGUUAGAUGUUUAUUUGCUUAUGUGAAGACACAGUGUUGGAUGUUUAUUUGCUCAUAUGAACAUAGUGUUAGAUGCUUAUUUCCUCAUGUAAAGACACAGUGUUAGACAUUUAUUUGCUCUUGUGAAGACACAGUGUUAGAUGUUUUUUUGCUCAUGUGAAGACACAGCGUUAGAUGUUAUUUUGCUCAUGUGAGGACACAGUGUUAGAUGUAUGUUUGCUUAUGUGAAGGCACAGUGUUAGAUGUUUAUUUGCUUAUGUGAAGACACAGUGUUAGAUGUUUAUUUGCUCAUGUGAAGACACAGUGUUAGAUGUCUAUUUGUUUAUGUGAAGACUCAGUGUUAGAUGUUUAUUUGCUCUUGUGAAGACUCAGUGUUAGAUGUUUAUUUGCUCUUGUGAAGACACAGUGUUAGAUGUUUAUUUGCUCAUGUGAGGACACAGUGUUAGAUGUUUAUUUGCUCAUGUGAAGACACAGUGUUAGAUGAUUAUUUGCUUUUGUGAAGACACAGUGUUAGAUGUUUUUUUGCUUAAGUGAAUUACGAAAUGUAGCAGUUUAACGUAAGCGGUAGACCACAGAUACAAGAACACGUUAUAUUUUAGAAUACAGACAGGGUGGCCCUCACAUUAACAGUGUAUUGUGUAUACAAAUACUAUUCUGAAAAAAAAUAAUUGACAUAGUUCACCUGUAUCAGUAACGUGGGAAUACCGUAGGCUCUACAGUAUAUACUUUUCACUCCAAAAAGCAAGUGGGCAAUAUAAAGACUGUUAUACAUGUGGGCAAUGGCUGUUGUACUCAAGGUUCAGUAGUUUACAAAAGGAUAAACACGUCCAACUUUGCGUUGAGAGGGCCUAAAUCUAGGUUACCUGUAGGGUCAUAUUCGAUGUAACCUUUUAAUUUUCAUGCUAACAGAGUGGUUUAGGUAGGGAUUGCUAGUAGAUGGAAUAAACGGAACGAAUGUAGGUCAUUCACCUAACAAAGUUUGACAAAAUAAGCCCAACCUGUUAUACAUGUGCGUAAGGUGAUUUCCAGGCGUUACCCAGCGAGUAAACAUCAGGUGCACAACACGAAAAAUGUAAAUCUGUAAGAGACAAAUGGGAGAGACAAGAGCAAGGCGGUAUUUUUUGUCUACAUUUGCCUGUCUGUACCAAUGUAAGUAUUACUGGUAUAAAGUAACCAAUAACAGAGAGACAAUCUAAGAGCUAAGACGAGCGAGGUAUAAAUAAUUAAAAGCGUGUGAAACCUUUACCAUUGGUGAAUGUGUACCACGCGAUAAAAUGCAUAUUAAAAUGUUUAAGCGGUUGAAAUAGUUUUAACGUAUAGACAAAUAUAACUGAUGUAAAUAUCCAUUGGUGAUGUCCAUGUUACAGUGGUGUAUGUCCUCAGUCUUUCAAUCACACCGCCGGUGGAUGUUUUCUCGGGUCGUCCAUUUACCCUAGAGUGUAAGGUAACCAGACCGACAGGUGACAGGUCUGUUCUCACCUGGAGCCGUCAUGUUGGUUCGUCCUCAUCCCCUAUAUACAACAGCCGUGAGUGUACAUCAUCAAUACAGCUAUCAUCACAAUCACCAGCUGGGCUAUCAGGGGGAUGUCAACACGUCAACGGUGAAGAGGUUUACACAGUGACGAUACAGAACGUCACUGAAGACACGGGCCGGGGCAGAUGGUUAUGUCAGUUUACACUCAGGGUAGCUAAUGUUACUCUGGAUGUUCAAGUAUUAUCUGUUGCUGGCCUGUCAAUCACACCACCAGGUGAUGUCGUGGCCGGUCGUCCAUUUACCCUAGAGUGUAAGAUAGCCAGACCGACAGGUGACAGGUCUGUUCUCACCUGGACCCGUGAUGAUGGUCAAACCACAUCCCGUAUAUACGCCACCCGUGAGUGUACACCUCCAAUACAGCUGUCAUCACGAUCACCAGCCGGGUUAUCAGGGGAAUGUCAACACGUCAACGGUGAGGAGGUUUACACAGUGACGAUACAGAACGUCACAGAAGACACAGGCCAGGGUAGAUGGAGCUGUCAGCAUAACGCACGAAUUGUGUAUUUAAGACUGGAUAUCAAAGUUAUGGUAAUCCGUGUCACGCUAAGCAACUCUCCACAAACAGUCUUAGCUGGCAGUCCCACGACCUUUACCUGUGUGACAUCGGCCAGUAAACCUCAGGCCUGUAUAAGGGCGUACAUACGGAGUUCUGGCAAUGUUCGGAUGGUAGACCCGGGUAACUGUAACCAGGACUCCAACUCAGUGCAGACCGCAACCCGGACAUUGACGUUUACUGCUUAUGCAGAGGAGAACGGAGCUGAGCUGUACUGUAAUGCCUCCAACAGUGUUACGGAUCCUCCUGUACGCUCCCAAGUCUACACACUCAAUGUACACUUUACUCCGAGGAUCAACUGUAAGCAAAGCGAAGUGACUGUCUUCCAAGGUCAACGAAUCAAAAUAGAGUGUGACGUCACAGCCAAUCCAGUAGCACGAGUAUCCCUGGUUAGGAAUGGGAACAAGAUGAACAGCACUUUCACAACCACGCCCGAUCCUACUCGGCGUGACGUCACCAUAUCAACAUCCGAAAUUGAAAUCACCAAACAGAUGUCUUCUGGGAUAUAUCAAAUCGAGGCAACAAACAGCGCAGGCUCUUCUUGGACGGAAGUUGAAAUUACUCUCAUAGAAAGCCACUUCAUCCCGAAGACACUAAAGGUCAUAUCUUGCAUCAACAAAAAAUGCCACCCUUGUCUGGGCGUCAGGCAUUGACGACUCCGUGCUGGAAUACUACAAACUGGAGUACAAAAACAACCGAGGAGACUGGAAGGAAGAACUAGUCAGAAAUCCUGGAAGAGUAAAACUUGUCGAGACUACAUUAGAUGGUCUACAGCCUGGCGUGUUAUACGAGUUCAGACUUCAGCCUGACUUAAAGAUACCCUUGUCGGAAUAUGCCACGGCUGAGUGUACCAUUGAAAAAGAGAACAACACUCCUGACACAGGUCUCAGUAAGGCGGCCAUGUUUGGUGUGGGGUUUGUAGCAGGUAUCCUCCUCCUAGCUCUCUUCGGUGUUUCUGUUAUUUGUUGGCUCCGGAGAAAGACAAAGUUAAAAUCCACCAAAGAUCACCGUGUUGAAAAUCAGCAGGCUGCAGACCAAGUCUUGAGAAUCGUUGAACAUAGUGUUGCGGAAGAAACCCCAGACGCCGUACUGCCUCCAACUGGCCAUUAUGAAGAUCUGGACACUUUCUCUCAGCCAGGUCCCAAUUACGAGGUUCUCACUGGCAUGGCACCAUCUUCACAAAGAACCCCAGGAAACAGCGAUUACGAAAAUUCCACUGUGUUAUGAAGAUUCUGUGUACUGUUAUUUGUUUCUGUGAACACACUGCAAGCAAUUAAUGUAUGUUACUUGCUUACUUCUCGUUGAUACUUGCUUGCAUCCAUAUGAGAUCACAGUGAACUGUUGGUGAAUACAAAAUUAAGUACUACUGUUAUUAUUUACUCAAGUACAGUGCUAGAUGUUUAUUUGCUCGUGUGAGGACACAGUGCUAGAUGUUUUUUUACUCUUGUGAAAACACAGUGUUAGAUGUUUAUUUGCUCAUGUGAGGACACAGUGUUAGAUGUUCAUUUGCUCAUGUGAGGACACAGGAAGGACAUAGGGCAUAGUGUUAGAAGUUGAUUCCCUCAUGUGAGAACACAGUGCUAAAUGUUAGUUUGAUCGUGUGAGAAUGCAUUGCUAGAUGUUAGUUUGAUCGUGUGAGGACACAGUGUACUGCUUCUUACCUGCUCUUUAGAAGACAAUAUGUACUGCUUGUUACCUGAACAUUUGAACAAACGGUGUACAUCCUUUUACCUACUCCUACGGUAUACACAUAUUUAAAGACAUCAUGUAGUAGUUGAUAUCUGAUCCUAAGUAGAGAGCGUGUACUGAUUGUAACCUGUCCAAUCUGUCCGUUGUAACCUGUCCAAUGUGUCUAAUGUUUCCAGUGUAACCUGUCCAAUCUAUCCAUAUUUACUUACCAGAGAAUUAUAUUCAUUGCAAAAACUUUAAAAUUAAAAAAAAAUUAAAAUGAAAGCGUUUGAUGGAAUAACCUCAAUGUACAAUUUGUUUGCAGUAAUACCUUGUGACGUUGAUUGAAACUGUCACAAAACACACGAUGUAAGAAAUGACACGAGGCGCGAUAUGCACACGCCAUAUGCAGGACCCUUCGGAUUAUAGCUGUCCGAGUAAGGAUAAUUUACAAUGUCAGAAUUAAAACUAUCCUUCUUUUCGUACAGUCUGCGAGAGAGAAAACCGUUUUGGUAUUUAUACGAAUAUAUUUUCUGUGCAUGGAUUGUUUAAAGCUAGCAGAUUAUCAAUAUAGUUUAGUGAAUGAGAAAGAUCGGUCCUGGUGAGGAAUUUACUCUGAUAGUUUCUGCAUAUAGUCGUAUUCAUACGAGACCAGGUAUAGG